CAUGCAUUGGUAGUGAUCGGAUGGUGGUGCAAUUGCGGAGGUAGAUCAACACCGUUCAACAUAUAGAAGACAUCGAACUUUGUUUGAGCCCACACAACAUGAAGGGCACGAAGGCGAUCACGAAGCCAGAUGACUACCGGUUCACGCUGUCGAACGAGCUGCGGCUGAUGGCAAAGGAGGAACUGCGUGAAACGGAUGCCUCCCGCGAUCAUGCCCUCCGGAUGUUACGUGAUUGGGCCGAGAAGAAUCCACGCAUCAGCAAGAUCCGCAUGGAUGCAAACUUUUUCCUCAAGUUUCUGCGCGCCAAGAAGUUCCAGAUCCCGGUCGUGCAGGAAAACAUCGAACGGUACGUGCUGUUGAAGAACGCGUUCGAGGGUGCGUUCAAGCAGCUGGACUGCAGGCUACCCAAAAUGGCGAAGCUGCUCGAUCAAGGGUACAUGUUUGCGCUACCCGAGCGUGACCGGGAAGGCCGUCGGGUGAUCUUCUACCGACCUGGUGUGUUCGAUCUGCGCGAGUACACGAACGCGGACAUGCUGAAAAUCCACGGUAUUUGCUACGAAACGCUGAUGGCGAACGAAGAGAACCAGAUCCGGGGGUUCGUGCAUGCCGGCGUCGGAACCGGCAUUGGGCCGCAGUACCUGACGCUGUUCACGAUCAAGGAAGCGGUCAGGAUCGCGAAGAACGGCGAAAAGAUCCUGCCGAUGCGGCACCGCGAAAUGUACGGCUGCAACAUCAACCCGACGAUGAAGAUGGUGGUCGAUUUCGGUAUGUCGCUGAUCUCGCAGAAACUGCGCGAUCGCAUCCGGUUCUACACCGACAUCAAGGACAUCGAGCUGGAGAAGCGGUUGCUGCCGCAGGAGUACGGUGGCACGGUACCGAUGGCGGAGAUGAUCCGUCUCUGGAAGCUGGAGGUCGAAGCGUACCGCGAGCGAUUGCUAGCGGAUGACGCCAUGUCGGUUCAUCUCGGUAUGUACUCGGAUGCGGCCAAGGAGGGAUCGGUGGGUGCCCUUAAGGAACCGCUGAAUGGAUGUCCAGGUGCCAGUGACAACUCGACGUACGGAUUGGCCGGUAGCUUCCGGAAGCUGGAGGUCGACUAAACCACCCCGGAGCAAGUGUUACCAAGCGGAGAAUACCGAGAUACGUGUAGUUGUAGCAUUAAGGACGCUUGAGUGUGACUAGCGCUUGGCUUGUAUAGCAUUACGUAUUCAUUUUCUUUUUCUUCAAGUUUAGGUUCCUACACGUUUUUCGAUCUCUGAAGCUGUUUUUUUUUAAUUUCCAACAAUCCUUUCUUUGGUUCUGAUUGUCUCUUCGAUAGGCAAGGCACUUUGUAGGGCUCUCCGUAAUAUACCAUUGAACGUCUUUUGUGUACCAUUUGAGAGCGUGGUGUUUUUUUUUAAAUAAAUCUAUGCCUAUUAGAAGGACCCAUGGAAAGUGCUCUUGUAUAAUCACCCCGUUUGUAGGUUAGAAGGAAUGUGUCUGAAUUUUCCGAUAAAAUGAUAACCCAAUAUGUAUAAGAUUCGUGCUUUCUAGGCUCAACAGAUGGAAGGAAGGACUUAUAUUCAAAAGCUCCCGCAUGUGCAGCGGUCAAGUCGAGCACUCCUUACUAACAGGCAAGAACACACGACGUAUGGGUUUUUAAUUCGUUCUCUAAUGGGGCUUUGAAUUUUACGAUAUACAGACGUGUGAUAUAGGUAUUGAUUAGGCUUA